UGUUUUUUUGCUGCACAGAGCUCCUUACACAAGCGAAUCGUGAAAAAAACAAUGGCCGCAGCAGCACUAGGAGCAGCUGGAUCUGGCGCAGCGAAAUCCGUGCUGCUAAAAGUCGUCAUAUUAGGCGACGGCGGCGUUGGCAAAUCGUCGCUGAUGAACCGCUUUGUGAAUAACGAGUUUGACGCGCAGUCAUUUCACACGAUUGGCGUCGAGUUUCUCAACAAGGUGGUCGCGCUGAACAACGAGUCGUACACGCUGCAAAUCUGGGACACGGCUGGCCAGGAGCGAUUUAAGAGCUUGCGGACGCCCUUCUACCGGGGAGCCGACUGCUGUCUCUUGGUGUUUGGCAUUGACGACGAACAGAGCUUCCGAAACCUGACAAUGUGGAAGAAGGAGUUUCUCUACUAUGCAGACGUCGCCGACCCAGAACACUUCCCCUUUGUGGUUGUCGGCAAUAAGAUUGACGUGCGGGCACGUCAAGUCCGCUCUGAAGACGCCGAGGCAUGGUGCAAGGCCAACGGCGGUCUUGCUUAUUUCGAGACCAGUGCCAAGGAGGCCAUCAAGGUCGAGCAGGCCUUCCUCGCCGCUGCCCAACAAGUGCCCAAAUCGGACGGCCCUGUGGCGACCGACUACUCGAAUUCUGUGAAUCUCGCCGAGACGCCCGGGAAGCGAACCUGCUGCUUGUAAUUGCGCAUUUUUGAGCUCCCUCGCACCCAAGUCUUGGGUCGUACAUUUUCUGUUUUCGUUUGUCUUGCUUGAUUUUUGCCUAAAUACGAGG